AUCGAUUUUUCUGAAUGUGCUAACGCCUAGUAUUCUCGCCAGUAGUUAUAGUUUGAGAAGAUCGUAAACAUCUCUUGAAAAGAACUAUUCUUCGCCAGCAUUAUGAAGCUAACAUUAUUACUCCUCGGUGUCCUGGUCACAUACGUGUAUGCACAGCAAGGUGUACAAGGACCACCUGGACCGCCAGGACCUCCUGGAGCCCCUGGACUUCCCGCACCCUGCACUGAUGAAUGUGUGGGAAAAGGUUGCGAACCUGCAUGUUUGGUUGGUUGCUGUGGUUACCAUGGCAUGUGGGGGAAAUCAAAACGAUAUAUUAGAUCACAAAUUUUAAAGUUAGCUGAAGACGACGAAUAGACAGAUACAGACAGAUCUUAUAAAUGUUGUAAAAUAUUUUUUUUAAGAAAACAAUGAAAAUACGUUAAAAA